AUGGUGAGACUGACGGCGGACUUGAUUUGGAAAAGCCCUCAUUUCUUCAAUGCCAUUCGAGAACGCGAAUUAGAUCUUCGAGGGAAUAAGAUUGCUGUUAUAGAAAACUUGGGUGGGACUGAGGAUCAAUUUGACACCAUUGAUUUGUCUGACAAUGAGAUAGUUAAGCUCGAAAAUUUUCCUUACCUUAGUCGACUUGGAACUUUGUUAGUUAACAACAAUAGAAUUACCCGUAUCAAUCCGAACAUCGGAGAGUUCUUGCCCAAGUUGCAUACUUUGGUUCUCACUAACAAUCGACUAACCAACUUGGUUGAGAUUGAUCCUCUUGCAUCACUCCCUAAGCUGCAGUUCCUUAGUCUUCUUGAUAAUAAUAUCACAAAGAAGCCAAAUUACCGCUUAUAUGUCAUCCACAAGCUGAAAUCACUGCGCUUGCUGGACUUCAAGAAAGUGAAACAUAAGGAGCGAAUUGAGGCAAAAAAUCUAUUUUCAUCGGAAGAAGCUGAAGAAGAAGCUAAAAAUGAAUCUGCAAAGACAUUUGUACCGGGUGAGGCUCCAAGUACCCCAGAGGUUCCAAAGGAAGAGCAAGCACCUAAACCAGUAGCUCCAACGCCAGAGCAAAUUAUAGCUAUCAAGGCUGCUAUUGUCAAUUCCCAAACUCUUGAAGAGGUAGCAAGGCUUGAAAAGGCACUAAAGUCAGGCCAGCUUCCUGCAGAUCUUAAAAUCGGUGAUAAUGAUGCCACGACCAACACUGAAGCAACCAAAGAGGACAAAAUGGUCACAGAUGAGGAAAAUGAAGCUAAUGAUGGGCCAAGUGAUGCUGAGCCUGAACAGAAGAAUAAUGAAUCUGCAGACAUGGAACAGGAAUAGGUGGAUGUCUAAUAUUGCUGAGCAACUUCUUUGUUAUUGCUGAUGGUAAGAUUGAUCAUGUGCUGGUGAUUUACCUUCUACUGUUACUGUAAGCUUAGAGAUUCUCUCGUGACUAAAUGGUCAGCGAUUAAGUAAUCCAUGUAUUGAAGCCAUUGUUCGCGUGUAUCAGUUUAAUCAAGCAAUGUGUUUUGACAUUUAAACAAAUGGAAUUGAUGGGAAGCGAAUUUCAAUUUUCUACAGUAAAGACUAUAAGAUGAUGAAAUUGUGCUGGAAAAGGUGAAGUGGAUUGAGCAAAAAAAUUGUAGUAAUUUUUGAAAUACUUGUAGGAUCAAGAUCAGUUCAACCUUAUCAGGUUUUAUGCUGGCCUAAUGUUGUCACUGUUUUUAGUUAUUAAGUACUGAUCGUGCCUUUAUCA